AUGUUAUUUGAAUACAGUUCAAGCUCAGAAUCUGCUGAUGAAAAUCCAUACGGAGAAGUUGAUCGAAUGGUUGACGAUUUUGUCACUCAUCAUUUACCAAACACAUUCUUUCCACGAGGUCCUAGACUUCGAAAUGUGAAUGAUGUCAUUCUGAUUCCAGCAGAUAAUAACUGUGAAGAAAGGCUUAACCGCUUGUUUAAUGAUUACUUUACGAAAAAUCCAGUAUAUUCAGACAAGCAGUUUCGUCGAAGGUUUCGAAUGAGAAGACCUUUGUUUUGCCGUAUAAUGAACAAAGUGGUUGAAAAUGAUGUUUUCUUGCAACAGAGAAGAAACGCUGCCGGAAAAUUAGGGUUAUCGGGAUUGCAAAAAUGCAUUGCAGCUAUCAGAAUGUUAGCGUAUGGUUCGGCUCCGGAUGCAAUUGAUGAAUAUCUGCGAAUGGGUAAGGCACCUCCUAUAACUUUUCAGGUGAAUGAGCAUGAAUACAACAUUGGGUACUACCUCACAAAUGGUAUUAAUCCAAAUUGGGCUAUGUUCAUUCAAGGAUUUUCUCAUCUCCAACUUGAAACGGAAAGGUUGUUUGCUGAUAGACAAACGCAUGUUCGUAAGGAUGUUGAACGUGCGUUCGGAGUUUUGCAAGCAAGAUUCGCCAUUUUACGACAACCAUCUCUUGCUCACGAUGAAGAUAUAUAA